CAUUAGUUUGUGUCUGAUGUUCACGAUUGCUGUUUCGUUUGCGACUGAUUAGCACUCCCCUGUGUUUCACAGAAUAUCCUAAAGGCCAGAUUUGGUUAUUUCGGAAAGAAAUGGCGAAAAUCGAUCAAAUUAAUCUUUGCAUCUGCAUAUUUAUUGGCAUAUGCGCUUUUCAAUAUUGCACGGCAAAUGGUUCUCGUAGGUAUGGGAUUGACGUAAAGCUUGUAAAUGUGACAGACUGUCCAGAUUACGGAAAACCUAAACCAUCUAUCAAAGCACCAGUGUUCUCAAGAGAACCUGAAAACCUGAGUUUCCGCGAUUGUGGUGUCUGGCAAUCCGAAAGCAGCGAAGAAAAAGCUCCUUGGCACGUCGUAUUGGAAACAUCGGAAAGAGUCGAUUGCGGAGGCAUUCUCAUCUCGGAAAAAACUAUCCUCGCGACGCAUAGGUGCAAGGAAGUUUAUAAAGAAUUCAAGAAGGGCAAUCGAGUCAGGAUUUACGGUGGCCCAUGUGAGACGCAGGAUGAUUUGAGCACAUGCCACAGAUUUCAAUUCUUUGAUAAAGGUAGAGGGUCAGGACUCCUCAAUCAAAAGGUGUUGGACGCGCAUCUCAUAAAUAUGGUUGGGAUGCCAUAUUUGUAUGUGUGGAACGUUGAGAAUUUGAACUUGAGUGACAGUUUAAAACCAGUAUGCCUGUGGAAUGAAGACAGUUCGAGGGACGGAGAGCUCCAGUUUAGCAAAGAGGACUCCUAUGGAUUUGUUGGAAAUUUGAGUGGCUACACGGACACUGAAAAGUGCUUCUCCUCUGAAUCACUUGUGCCAAACUUACUCUGUGGUGUAUACAACCGUUUAAUUUGCUUAAAUAAGAGUCUACAUUCAUGGAGUAAAAAAUUCCUACUUAUCCGAGAUGGAGGCCGUUAUUACGUAAGGGGAGCAGAAGGUUUUAAGGGCGAAAAUAGUAGUCGCGUUGCUUGGUUAGAUCUACUCUUGGAUAUCAAAACUAUUGCGUCUUAUUCAACGGAUAUAGCAGCCAUGCCAGCCAUCCCGGAGACGAAAAAGAAACACGAUUUUGGUAUAAAAGAGAGCUUCGAAAACUGUGGAAGCGUGAAUUACCAAGUGCAAGCGGAGGAAAUGCCUUGCUUCUCGAACGAUUCUGCUAUCAGAGGCCAUGACCCUUGGCACGCGAGCCUCACCUUGCACUUUGGCUCUGAUCCCAAAUAUAAUUAUUGCGGAGCGACACUCAUUUCACAAAAGGCACUUCUUACAGCUGCCCAUUGCUUGUUUGAUGAACUCGGCAAGAAACUGGCCGCCAGCAAAGUUGACAUUCAUCUUGGCAUGUACGAUUUCUACAAUGCUGCAGAGGAAUCGCGGCAAAAUUUGAGGGCAGCAUCAAUUUUGAUUCAUCCUGACUACAAUCACAGCAGCGGAAGCAAAAGGCACGACUUGGCUCUGGUGCUUGUAGGGGAAAGUCAAAUCAACGUCACAGACUCGGUUCGACCCAUUUGUCUUUGGAAUGUCGACUACGAUUUAGAAAAGAUUGCAAACAGCAAUGGAAAAUUGGUCGGCCGGGCGUUGACAGACGGGCAGAACGCAAGGUACCUACAGAAAAUCGACCUGAGAGUAACUCCGUACGUUGAGUGUUUUGGAAGCAACCGCGUCUUUUUUGCCGAGUACAUGUAUCCCACAGAGAAUUUCUGUGCCACAGACAAUGGCUUGAGUAUCAAGGAAGGAGGAACCGGAUUGGUGUUUUACAACUCGACAUUGCGACGCUAUUUCCUCAGAGGAGUUUUGAUCGAAAGAAUCACAAGCAGCAACCGCAGUACAGGCAGCUAUUCACUUUUCACCGAUACCACCAACUACAUGACAUGGAUUGUACAAAAUUCUAGUCUUGAUUAACCGUAUCGAUUUACAGCGUGAAAAAAUUAUGUUAUAUCAUAGAAUUAAAACUUGAUAAAACAAACAGCA